AUGAAUAAGGCUCCAGUGAUACAGGACUUUCUAGCUGACAACAAUGUUUGUGGCCAAACUAUUCUUCAACUGGUUUCAAGAGGAAAUGCUAUCAUUGCAGAGAUAUUGCGAUUGAAACAUUACAUUCCAAAUGUGUUUAGAUUAAAUAAGCAAGACAGUCAGAAAUAUGGAGAUAUAAUUCAAGAUUUUAGUUAUUUAAAGGCUGCAGAGGCUCAUGAUACCAAAAUUGAAUCUAAUGAUGUAUUGAGAGAUUUGGAUGAAGAGUUCAAAUGCAAUCACAUCGAGAUUAUAAAAAGGUUUUAUUUGGCAUUUGAAAGCAUUCAUACUUAUAUUACUGAUUUGAAUCAUUACAUUGAUGAGUUAGAAGAUGGAUAUUAUAUUCAUCAGUCCCUUGAAAAUGUUUUUACUGAUAUGGAGGGUAAACAAUUAUUGUGUGAAGCACUGUAUUUAUAUGGUGCAAUGCUGCUGAUGGUAGAUGCGCACAUUGAAGGAAUUAUUCGUGAGCGGUUACUUGUUUCCUAUUAUCGUUAUACACCUCAAAGACGAGAUACGGCAAGUUGCAUUGAUGAAGUUUGCAAAUUAUUAAGAGAAACCGGCUUAUCUGCAACCAAAAAGCCAAACAAUUACCCAGAAGACUAUUUCAGACGUAUUCCAAUAAAAGAGUUCUACAUCGAUUUGGUAAUAGGUAAACUACGUUCAGAUGAUAUUUACAAUCAAUUGACGGUUUACCCACUCGCAAGACACAGAAGUACUGCAUUGACAUCACAAGCUGCUAUGUUAUGUAUUUGUUUAUUCUUCUCACCUCAUACACUGCAUUCCCAAACUGCCAUAAUGCGCGAAAUUGUUGACAAAUACUUCCCAGACAAUUGGGUGAUAGCUUUAUAUAUGGGCUUUACGAUUAAUCUAGUUGAAUCUUGGGAGUAUUUUAAAGCUGCAAAGUUAGCGCUCAAUAACACGUUGGAGGCGGUUAACAUAAAAAAUUACGCGAAUGCAAAUGGCAAAGCGGUUCAAAAACAUCUCACAACAACAACGCGCCUACUCAAAGAAGGCACCCUCACAAAGGACAAUUUAUUGCAAAACAUUCACAAUACUAUUAAUGCAUUGAGAGACUGUAAUGUCGUAAUUCGCUGGUUGAUGUUGCAUACAAUUGCGCGAAAAGUCGAUAGGUCUAAGAAAGCCAAACAAUUACGCGAAUUGGUUAUUGUCGAAUCCAAGUACAAUGCAGUCGAAGUGUUUAAAUUGCUGUUAAAUACGGCGCAAUUGGAACUAAUUGUCAAAGAUAUAUUCAAAACGCUGCUGCAAGAUAAACAGAAUAACUGGGAGGUGAUGAGGAGUGAAAGUUUCUCGAGUUUAAUGGAGAUAUCCGAAGUGUUCAGCGGGACGAAACCAUUGACACGCGUGCAGAAAAACGAAAAUCUUGAAGUAUGGUUUAAGGAGAUAUCGAAACAAGUUGAAAGACUUCAACAAGAUGACGACACUUCUUCGAUGAAGAUUGUACAAUUAAUACAAGCACUGGAGGAAGUUCAAGAGUUUCACGAGUUGAACUCGCAGCUGCAAAUUAUUCAAUAUUUAAAGGAAAUCCGUAAGAAUUUGGACCGUAUGCUCCGGAAUAUGAAAGUGAACGAAGACGUGUUGAUAACAAUGCAAAUAAUUGGAGAUCUAAGUUAUGCUUGGGAAUUAAUUGACACUUACACACCGAUUAUGCAAACCGGCAUCAAAGCUGAGCCUACUUUAGUUAUUAAGUUACGUGCGGUUUUCUUAAAAUUAGCAUCUGCAUUAGAAAUUCCUUUAUUGAGGAUUAAUCAAGCCCACAGUGAAGAUUUAAUAUCAGUAUCGCAAUACUAUUCAAAUGAGUUGGAGAUUUACAUACGCAUGGUUUUACAAAUCAUGCCGAAAAUGAUGUUUGAAAAAAUGGCGCGUAUCAUUCAAAUGCAAACGACUGUUUUAAAAGAACUACCGACACGUCUCGAGAAAGAUAAAGUUAAAGAAUAUGCACAGUUGAAUGAACGUUUUGAGUUCGCACAUCUUACACAUUCGAUUUCUGUCUUUAGUCAAGGCAUGCGCAUGAUGAAAAGCACUCUCGUUGGUGUUGUUUGUCUGGAUCCCAAGAAACUACUCGAGGAUGGCAUUCGUAAAGAGUUAGUUCAACAUAUUGCGCAUUCAUUGCACGUGGAGAUUGUAUUCACUGGACGGAACAAAAACGAGGAACUCGACCAGAAGCUGAAGCGCAUCGGGCUGAUCAUGGACGGGUAUAAGCGCUCAUUUGAGUACAUUCAAGACUACGUGAACGUGAACGGCCUGAAGAUAUGGCAAGAAGAAAUCACCCGGAUCAUAAACUACAAUGUGGAGCAAGAGUGCAAUGGGUUUUUGCGUAACAAGGUGCACGAUUGGGAAAGCGCGUUCCAAAGUCGUUACGUGCCCAUUCCGCACUAUGCGCCGACAGAUAGCAUUAGUGAGAACUUUGUCGGCCGACUGGCGAGGGAAAUUCUACGGAUCACGGACCCAAAGAGCACGCUCUACAUUGAGCAGACGUCGACGUGGUACGACAUGAAAACGCAGAAAAUUAUCGCUAAUAAGCAAACUAUUGCAAUGAUUAUGUAUGCGAUUGAAGUUACCGGCCUGGUCGGGCUUGAUCGCUUAUUUUCAUUUAUGAUUGUUUCCAAUUUAAACAAAAUACUUGAUAUUUUUGAUAACAAAAUAACAAAAAAUGCUUCUUGGACAACAACAUCAGCAACUAUUCAGAAGGAAAUGAAAUCCUUAGAUGAGAGUAGCAUUAAUCCACAAAAAGUGUAUCAAAACGCUAUAGCCAAAGCAAGCAAAUUGUACAACGGUAUGCUGGACCAUUUAUUGAACAUUGGUCAACUGCAGAUUUUGCGCAACAUAAUUGCGUUCAACCUAAACAGCACUUGCAAAUUCGACGCGAAGAACUUGGAGUCGUCACUCAGUUCACUAAAUAAGGCAUUAAUAUUGGACUUUACGAAUGACAAUUGCACAAGCAGACCGUCGGAAGAGUUGAUGGAGAAACUUUCUCAAUAUUUCGAUUACGCCGGAAUGAAUAAUCCGUUUAACAAGAUUUACGUCAACGCCAAAGCCGACGGGGCUUGCGCAUUCAAUUUGUUCGUAUUUACGCUCAUGCACCUGCAAAAAAUGUUCUUAUAUCAGACGCCAGGUUUGACAGCUAAGAAGAAUAACGAAAUGGAUGGUGCUGUAUUUUGCACUGGCUUACACACGUUUAUCAAACAACUCAACUUUGACUUGGGCAAGAUUUACAUCGAAUUUAUGUGCAAAUAUGCCGUACAUUUGAGCAAAUACGCAAUGUCCAUUAAAAAUGACAUUCCAUUGGAAGCAACCCUCGCUCUCAAGUUACUGGAUGCUACGACUUCGUUCUCGGAGGAGUCACGCGCGCAUUUUCAGAAAUGCAUUCCCAAAGAAAUUAUUCAUCUGCUACAAACUAUUACGGAAAAGUAGACUAAGUAUGGAUGCAGAUACUUUAUUGAUUUAAUCCAAAGUAUAUAGAUUGUGUUACUCUAUGAA